CUUUGUGGCUCGCUGUUCGUCCCGGACGCUAGCAGCCCUAGCAGCCUUGAUUGGAGUUGUGACCAACACCGCAGCGAGGCAUCCGUCAAGUUCUGUAUUUCUGAGGCGAGCUUCAGCAUGGCAGCGCCCGAGGACAAUCACGUCUGGGAGGAAGGAGACGACGAUGGUUGGGAGAGUUACUAUUCUUCCGAAGACGGUUCUUCCAGUUCUGGUGACGAGUCCGUGGUGGCUGGAUGCAGCGGUGACGGUGGCGCUGAGGAUGGGAUCCCUACGGACCUGACUCAGGACGGUCACGUGCUGCUGACGCUGCCGGGCCACGUACUCCUUCUAGUGUGCCGGCAACUGCGCGGCAAGGACCUGGUGCGUCUGGGGCUGGUGUGCCGCGGGCUGCGGGUCCUGGCGCGCUGCCCGCGCGUGUGGCGGCACGUGGACUGGGCGGAGGACGACGGGCAGGCCGUGAUCCGGGUGGCGCCCGCCCUGCGCUCCGUCUCGCCGUGCGGCACGGCCGACGCCCUGAGGCUGCUGCGCGCCGGCACCCCCCGCGUGCGCGUCUUCGAGCUGGACCACGAGGAGGACGGCUACACCUACGACGGCAACGAGAUCGACCAGCGGGAGGUGAUGCGAGUCCUGCAGCACUACAAGGGCAACUUGCAGGUGGUGCGGCUGGGCACACUGUGGGAUUUGAAGGUCCUGGACGCCAUCGACGCCCUGGGCGUCAAGGAGUUGUACGUGAACGGCAGCCUGGCCAAGACGUACCCGGGCAGCUCCAAGGUGGUGAAGAGGCUCUCGUUCUGGAGGGAGGCCAGCGGCGAGGUGGCAUGCCGCCUGGUGCGAGCCGCCAAGGCUACGCUCCAGUCGUUCCACAUCGACAGCUUCCGCCUGUACAAGAACCACGUGGCUUGCUCCCCUGAGGUGGCCACCGAGCUGCUGCGCUGCUCCGCCCUGCGCUCGGCCAGCAUGCCAACCUACAAGCCAUCCCUGCUGAGCGGCUUCCCCAACAUGAAGAAACUGUGCCUGUACGAGUUCGGGCUCGUGGACCACGCGGCCGUCAAGAGGGCCCUGCAGUCUGCGGCCGGUCGGCGCAACCGCCAGAAGCUGGAGCGCCUGACGCUGUGCCUGGGCCACCUGGGCCACCGCGGCCUCGUCCAGGAGGUGGCGGCGGGCUGCCCCGCCCUGCGCACACUGUGCCUGCGCUACCAGGCCAUGAGCGACGGCACCUACCAGCACGACUACCAGGUUGACGUGGCUCGAGACCUGCACGCCAUCCUGGCGCCGCUGACGGAGCUGGAGACCCUGAUCCUGGAGGCUGCCCGCGUCCCCUGCAGUGUGUUCCGAGGCCUGGAGCGGGGCGCCCUGCCCGAACUGAAGAGGCUGGAACUCAAGUAUUGCGGAGUGACCCCGAAGGGCAAAGAGGCGUUCGCUGCCCUGAAGGCCAACCGCCCCGACCUGGCCGUGGUCGGGGUGCCGCGCAAGGCUUGCCUGGACGGCGGUGACGGAGGCUUCGUCCUCGGCUUCCCCCUCGGCCCGCCGGAGACCCGCUGCAGGAAGGGGGUCUGCGCCGAGGCGUCGGACUGCGAGGACGCCGACGACGACCCCGCACCGUCCGGCGGCGAGGAAGAGGAAGACGAGGACGUGGAGGAGGAGGAGGAAGAUUUCGAGACCUUCAGGCAGCUCCGACCUGGCGAGACCGUCAUGCAACUCCUGGAACGCCUGGCCACCCGCUACGUGGACCCCAUGAUGGAUGACCUUCUGAAUGCGCCGGGACUCAGUGAUGACGAUGAAUGAUGCUGGCCUGGUCACUAGCAGGCAGUCGUGGUGGUGUUUUAGUGCGGUGUGUCGGAGUUCAGGACGACCGCGGAUCCCCAGUGUUUUGAGAUCUUUUCCAAGAUGUCCUUUGUAUCUGUCUGUUCUUCUUCUUUCGUAUUUUGUAACUUUUGAUUACUUUUUAGAAGUCUCUUUUUUAACUCUUCUGUUCUGAAUCAAACUGUAAAUCAUGCUAUUGUUUUGAACUUUAAGAACAAUCUUGACUGCUUUUCCAUCUUAUAUCGGGAGGUACUGUCUUAAGUUGGUGCGAACUAGAUUUGUUCCUUGCAAAGGCAUGGGUGUUUCUAGUGCCUCAACAAGCCGUACUGCCUUUGCUUUGUCAUUCACAAUAAAGAUUGGUCUACAGCUGA